AUGGCAGUGAUGGGCAGUGGAGGACACACUCAAGAGAUGAUUACCCUGUUGUCUCAUCUGAACAUUGGAUCCAUUAAUGGGAAGUAUAGUCCAAUCACUUUAAUCGCUUCCAAAGACGAUCACUUGAGUGUGAAUAAAGCAAAACAAAUGACACAAUCGUUAAGUGACUGCCAAUUGGUUUCAAUAACAAGAAGUCGUUCAGUGGGUCAGAGCUAUUGGACAUCAGUGGUGACGACAAUGAUAUCAGUGAUGGAGUCGUUGGUCAUUGUGUGGAAAGUAAGGCCUAAACUAGUUGUGUGUAACGGACCGGGAGUUUGUGUUCCCAUUUGUUUGGUCGCAAAACUGCUCAACAGAAUCGUUGUCUCUCUCCGGAAGAAUACUCUAUUGUUGUCGUAUUUGUGA